AUGCCAUCCAGGUUCGGACAUAAUUCACCAAUCUCUCCGAUCUCGAAUCCCGACAUCACUGCUUUCCCCGCAACGCAAGAGAGCAACUCACGACACACCUCAAAUACUCAGAAUGCCCGGACAAUGGCGCAAAUAAUUGGCUCUUCGCCUACGAGUCCAUUUCGUCCCGGCCACUCCCGCUCCAUCAGCCACCCGUUCACCCCUCCAUUCUCCGCACUUGGGAAGAAGUUCGGAAAGAAUGCGCGCAAGCAAGCUAAAUGGGAUUCCGAUUCUGAUUCUGACGAGGCAACAUAUACUGGGAAUUCUGCCGUGAUAAGCCCUGUUAAAGACCAGCCAAAGGGAUCAGCCAAAGGAGAUCUCGCCGAGGCAAAAUGCCAGACCUGCAACUCGACCGUGCGGUGGCCAAGGCAUCUCAAGGUCUUUCGAUGCAGCACUUGCUUGAUGAUUACGGACAUCAUUGAAUCCUCCCAUCAUGGAAAGGAACUACAUAAUCAUCCAGUGGAGCGACAGCAUAAACCGGAUGCUUCAGAACCCCCGAUUCCACCGGUAGACGACCCAAAGCCAGAUAUAAUACUAUCGGCCAGUCAAACCAGGCGUUUGCUUGAUGGAUGUCUUUCGAUGUACAUGGACAGCCUUCUUGAUGGACCCCGUUCAAGUAUUCAUCAAGAUGACGGUCGGCAAGGAAGAUCUCAACCAUCAAAUGGAGAUAAAAUAACAGAAAAGGGACGCGGUCUCAGCCCCGCUCAUGUGUCACUACGACCACCAGGUCCACGAGACAGUCGCAGCCGAAGUACAUCUGCCCACCGAGAACGACUAGACGUGACCAAAGAAAACAAUCAUCUUUCAUCACCUCACAAGGGUCACUGGGACAGUAGAGAUACGCCCGUUCGGCCCCGCGCCAGCUCAGAUUUGCAAUAUGGGUCGAAGACAGCACCCGCGAAUGGCGAGAAAGAGGCUCAUGAAAAUCGACCUCUAGUCUUCCAGCGGCUGGAGAACUAUAUAAUAGCCGCUUUCAAAAGCGUUGACACUCUCAAUUUAUCAUUUCCCGCUUACAAACCAACAAUUCGAUCCUCCAGCAGCGGUAACCCUCCAAGAAUGAAACUUGAUACUACCACAGUAUCAGAAUCGUCGCCACUGUCCCCUGUCUUCGAGCCUGAUGCUAAAACUCUAUUACUGGGGGACCUAGCCGAAAAUUCAUCUUGGUGGAUGCAUGAAUGGGCGCAGGCUGAUGGCAAGAUGUCAACUGCUAAAGAAAUACCUAGCCAUCCGUCUCAUUUGGUGUCAUCUAAGAGUCCUCGAAUCAACUGGAUCGAGUUGGCUCAGUGGUAUCAGUUAAUAUUGACUGCAGGUAGCACUUGGGCCGAGAAAUGGACAAACAAGAUGCCUGAUUCAGCACGUUCUGAAUUGGAUCUAGCUCGGAGAAAAAUAUGGGAGUCGAUAGAUCCUUCAUUUAUUGAGAAGGAAAUUGCAGAUGCUCGUUUACAUCUUCAGCGGACGCUGAUGAAGGCCACUGAGAAUCUUCUGAAACGUCCACGGAAAGUCCUGAAAAAGCCUGAAGAUACAAGAUUUCUUUUCAUACUCUUGGAGAAUCCGAUGCUGUCGUCGCCGGGAUUCUAUUCUCAGCGUCGAAUUGCCCAGGGAUCUCAUCGACACGAUCGGCGGCCAUCGAAAGGGAACGUGCGACCAGCCGCCCGGGAAAGCAAGUCAACACGCAAAGAACCAUCCGUGCCGACGACUCGUAAGAACGGCUCCGAUAAACACUAUGGUAUUCUCAAGCGGAUCUUAGGCCUGAUGUCCCAUCUGCCCCAUGAUUGCCACCAUCAUUUUGUGUCAUGGACUGCCCGCUUCUCGCCUGGACAACUUGAACGACUGGUCAGCCUGGUGGGUGGGUUUGUCACGUAUCGCUUGACACGUCAACAUGGCCGCAAACGUCCCGAUGCGAUUAUUGAUACAGACGACCUAGUCCCAAGCUUUGCUACUGCUGCAGGAAACACUCCUGCCGAAUUACAUGCCGCUAUAAACCGAAGAAAUGUGAACAAGCCGCCGAUUAAGAAGAAAGAACCGCCUAUCAUAUAUACAGAAGACUGGCAAAUCCGGGCAGCCUCAAGGUUUAUGGCUUUGCUUUUCUCGGCAAAUAUAUCCUACUCUGGGCAAAAGAUUGACAGAAACCUAAAGCGAAGCUACUCCAAGAACAAUUCUAAUCCCAUCCCCAUCAACGCUUUCUACAAUACCCUGCUGGAUUAUUCAGACCUCUUGGCCGACUUUGAAAUUUGGGAAUCCAAAAGCUCAAAGUUCUCGUUCUGCCAGUAUCCCUUCUUUCUCAGUAUCUGGGCAAAAAUUCACAUCUUAGAGCACGAUGCCCGACGUCAAAUGGAGGUGAAGGCUCGCGAGGCAUUUUUUAACAGCAUUCUCAGCCAACGCCCAGCUAGCCAGUACCUUGUGUUAAAGGUGCGACGGGAUUGUAUCAUUGAGGAUAGCCUCCGCAGUGUGAGUGAAGUUGUGGGGUCGGGACAAGAGGAGAUCAAGAAGGGUCUUCGUAUCGAAUUUCUUGGAGAGGAGGGAAUUGAUGCUGGAGGUCUACGCAAAGAGUGGUUCUUGUUGCUAGUUCGCGAGAUCUUCGAGCCAGAUCACGGGCUCUUCAUAUAUGAUGACGACUCAAACUAUUGCUACUUUAACCCGUAUUGCUUCGAGUCAUCAGAGCAAUUCUUCUUGGUCGGAAUUCUACUUGGGCUCGCCAUUUAUAACUCCACUAUUCUUGACAUAGACUUGCCACCAUUCGCAUUCAAAAAGCUAUUGGCAGCUUCCCCUCAAAAUGCCACGCUGAACGCGACACAGCGUGUUAGAUUCAAGAGUACCCUCGAAGACCUUGCAGAAUACCGGCCUGUCCUUGCCAAGGGGCUUCGGAUGUUACUGGAUUACGAGGGUGAUGUUGCCGAAACGUUUUGCUAUGACUUUGUUGCCCAAGUGGAUAGGUAUGGAGAAGUGAUUACAAUUCCUCUCUGCCCGGGAGGCGAGAAACGACAAGUGACCAACUCGAACCGGCGCGAAUUCGUCGAUCUAUAUGUCUACUACAUUCUCGAAACUGCCGUUGCUCGGCAGUUUGAGCCAUUCAAACGGGGUUUCUUCACUGUCUGUGGAGGUAAUGCCUUGUCAUUGUUCCGACCUGAGGAAAUUGAGUUGCUGGUACGCGGCUCAGAUGAGGCACUUGACGUCAUGUCGUUGCAAGCUGUGGCAACCUACGAUAACUGGUCGAGUUCUCGACCUGAAUCCAUCCCGGUGGUGCAGUGGUUCUGGGAACUAUUUGGAUCUGCUGGCCCCCAGGACCAACGGAAAAUCUUGUUGUUCAUUACUGGCAGUGACCGUAUUCCCGCCAUGGGUGCUACAAGUCUCUCAAUCCGUCUGGCUUGCCUUGGCGACGACUGUCCUCGAUAUCCAAUUGCACGAACCUGUUUCAACACACUAGGCCUUUAUCGCUACAGCAAUAAGGAGAAGUUCGUGGAAAUGCUCUGGGACGCUGUCCUGAAUAGCGAAGGAUUUGGCCUGAAAUGA